UUAAAGUAGGAAAAAAGAAAAUAUGGGUCUUGGAGGAACUUUGGAGUAUAUUUAUGAUAUGAUGAAAAUUAGUCAUAAAUCCAAUAAUAAGAAGAGGCAAUUUCAUACAGUAGAGCUCAAAAUAAGAAUGGAUUGUGAUGGCUGUGAGCUUAAAGUCAAGAAAACUUUGUCAUCAAUAAGUGGUGUAAAAUCAGUGGAGAUAAAUAGGAAACAACAAAAGGUGACAGUAACAGGAUAUGUGGAAGCAAACAAAGUGUUAAAGAAGGCAAAAUCAACAGGGAAAAAGGCUGAGAUUUGGCCUUAUGUGCCUUACAAUUUAGUGGCUCAACCCUAUGCUGUUGCUUCUUAUGACAAGAAGGCUCCUCCUGGCUAUGUUAGAAGGGUGGAUCACAACAUGACAACAAUAGGAACAAUUUCAAGAUUUGAAGAUCAUGAUUAUGUUACAAUGUUUAGCGAUGACAAUCCUAAUGCUUGCUUUAUCAUGUAAUUAGUUAAACAACCAUAAUCGAGGGUCAAAUACAUAAAUAGAUUUCUAAGCUUGUUGGGGUUUUUUCUCCGGGUAUCUCAA